AUGGAUAUUCGGGACGAUCAGAACCUCGUGUUCAACAUAACAUUGGCAAAAUUUACAGGAUUAUACCAAAUGUUGAAUCCUCAAAACACACGGUGUCGUGGAUUAAACGUUCACCACUUUAUUAUGGCAUUCAUUGCGCUCUAUGUGUGUGUAAUUGGAAUGAUAUUGAACAUUAGCGGUGUGUACUAUUGGACGAACAAUAUGCCUUUGAGUAUAGAUUAUUUUUGGAAAGGUAUCAUUUGUGUGUACAUGUUCUAUCCAAUGUGUGUCAUCGUCCACUACUCGAAUGCCAUAUGGGACUGUUUGUCGAUCACUUGCUACGGUUUUACAUCGCAUAGCCACCGAGACAGACAUAUACUGGAUCGUUGGAGAGAACGAUCCAUCCUUAUAACGACCAUACUGCUCGUCACAUAUAUCACGUCACUGAUAAUUUACUUUGUUAGUACCCUGGCAUUGUCGAACGAUAUGUUACUGGUCAAAAAUCGCGACGGUUCGGUCAGCAAUUACCACUAUAACGUAAUAAAUUUGUUAUUUGUAUCGGACGAAGCGUACAAUGCACACUACAAUAUGUUUUACAUGGUUGAGACUUUGUUCGUAGUCUUCACUAUAAUAGGGACAUUCGUUUUUGAUUUUCUUCUGGUGACACUUUGUUUAGCUAUACGCUGUCAGAUGCAAAUGGUUUGCACCGCCUUCGAAUCAGUUGGGCAUAAAUGGUUUGGCGACAAUAUUUCCUUAGUUGAUUGCAGAGAUGAAAAAAAAAAGUUACCUUACGAAUACGACUUAAUAUAUGAUGAAAUAAAAACAAUUAUAAUGGAUCAUCAAGCAGUUAUGAAGAAAUAUGAUGCAUUUUUAACAAUAUUUAAACGAGUUGUGCUGUUACAAAUUGUUAUUUUUUCAAUGACGUUCAUUAUACUAUGUAUUUGUUUCAUAAUGAGUUUCUCCAAUGAUGAUAUAUUUAAAAGUUCAAGAAUAUUAACAAUAAAAAUAUUUUGUGUAAUUCCUCUAAACUUAUUUAAAUUAUUUGCACUGUGCUAUUUCUUUGGAAACUCACACGAUCAAAUAGAUUCAAUAAUAUUCGCAUUGUACAGCAGUAAUUGGACCGAAAUGGAUAUGAAGUGUAAACAAUUGAUAUUGUUAACAAUGAAAAUGAAUAAUGCCAACCAAAAAAAGUUAAAAUUUACUAGAACAAAAAUUGUAAACUUGGAAAUGUUUUUUAGGAUAAUGUGUGAUUCCUACUCAAUUUCAUCGGUUUUAAUCAACUGUAUAGAUAACAUGGAUGAAUAAUAUUAUUGUUAAACAACUUAGUUAAUUUAUACUAUGAAUAUAAAUA